UUAGCUCUUAGUCUAGAAGGCAAGAUCAGCUUGGCUGAAAUGGACUCCUGAUGCCGAUGUUGCCAAGACGUUAAAAAUAAUCAGCUUGAGUUGAAAGGGAGAAGAAAAAAAAAAAAAUUUAUAUACUAUUGGUAAUAUAAAUAAUAUAUUGUUUAAUACCCAGACUUCAAAGCAUGUCAGGGAAAGUAAAAGCGAAAAUCGGACCUUCUAUACUAAAUGCUGACCUAUCCCAGCUAAGUGAUGAGUCUCAGCGGUUGUUGGACUGUGGAGCUGAUUAUCUCCAUCUUGAUGUCAUGGACGGGCAUUUUGUGCCCAACUUGUCAUUUGGACAUCCGCUUGUCAAAUGUCUCAGGGCUAAAAUAAAGGACGCUUUCUUUGAGACUCAUAUGAUGGUAUCAAAACCUCAACAGUGGAUUACACCAAUGGCUGAUGCUGGAGUAAAUCAAUAUACUUUUCACAUUGAACCUGUUGAUGACGUUCCAACAGUAUGUCGCAAAGUUAAAGAGGCUGGCAUGAAGGUUGGAAUAGCUUUAAAACCGGGCACACCUGUUGAGGUCGUUACAGAAUACAUUGAUAAGGUAGACAUGGUAUUAGUGAUGACAGUGGAACCAGGUUUUGGAGGUCAAAAGUUUAUGGAAUCGAUGAUGAAUAAAGUAUCUUGGUUAAGAGAGAACUACCCAGCUAUGGAUAUUGAGGUAGAUGGUGGAGUUGGACCAAGCACUAUUCAUUGUUGUGCUAAAGCUGGAGCAAACAUGAUUGUGUCAGGUACAGCCGUUAUUAAUUCUAGUAAUCCAGCUAAUGUCAUUAAAGAAAUGAAAGAUUCUGUGAAUGAGGCUUUGGGAUUUUGGUAUCUCAAGUGAUACAUAUGAUAAACUUACUUU